GUUGGAAAGCACUGGUUAAUGGAUGGUAGUUCCUCGCGUCUAGCGAUUGCAGGAUUUGAACACGUUUUCGUUGGUGAAUGGAAGGGCACGAAAGUUGAUGGACAACAUUCAUGGGUGAAAUAUUAUUUGCUUGAAAAGAGAGGAGCAAUCAAUUAUCACGGUUAUAUUCGUCAUGAUGAGAAUCUUGCUGGUACAAUACAGUAUACAUGGGAGACCUAUCGUAAACCAAUUGGUGGAUUCAAUAUCGGUACUUCACCAGGUCAGUUCAUCUAA